UCAAAAAAAGUGAAAUAGUCCGUUGUGCAUUGCUGUAACUUUCUCCAUACUCCCCAGCGGAGAACAAAUAAUUUACUUGUACGUGUACUGUUGAAUGAGUAUUCUGUGCUGUCAUAUUGCCAAGAAUUAAUCAUAACUGCCAGUAACUUCGACAUGACUUUAAAAAAAAUUGAAAUGGGAACAGGAAUUGUAAUGCAAUCCCCUGCCGUUUCACAUUUCACAGCAAGUGUACGCUCCGACAAUAACACAGUCACAGAUUUAAGCAGGACAAAUUUAACAAGCCUUACAGGUGACACAUCUCAGUCGUCAAACUACACAGCUGAUAAUAUCUCAUAUAGUGCUGACAGAGCUAUCGAUGAGAAUGAGGCAACGUGCGCUCACACCUUGAAGGAGCCCAACUCGUGGUGGCAAAUUGACCUGCUGGAUGUUCACAGCAUUUCCUGCAUCUCUAUUUACAACGUAAUCCAUCAUAAUACUGACCUAAAAAGUGCUAAGAUCUACGUCGGGAACUCUCGUGAGAAAAACAGCACCAGCAAUAAAAUAGUUAGAAAUUUCACAGAUUUCCAAACUGCCGUUCGUCUAAACUUUACUUUUGAUAAAGUGAAGGGGCGUUACAUCACUGUGUUCUCACCAGAGGACAAACAUUUAGUUCUGUGUGACGUGAAGAUCUACGGCAUCAAAGAAGAGCCACCUUUUAAACUGAUCAAAGAGAAGAAGACAUGGGCAGAUGCCCUGUACCACUGCAGGGAUCAACACUUGGAUCUGGCUUCCAUCCUUGAUGAAGAGGCCCAGGACUGGGCUGAGGUGAUGGCCAUGGAGGCUGAAACUUCCUUUGUGUGGCUGGGCCUUCGCUACACCUGCACCCUGGAGUUCUGGUUCUGGGUCGAAGAUCAUCGCUUAGAUUACGAUCGAUGGGAACCAAAUGAAAAAAAAGAAGAGUGUAACAUGAGUGGGGCCAUGCACACGCAGGGGGGAUAUCACUGGUACAGCAAGUCUGACAAUGAAACGUUUAAUUUCAUCUGUGCAGUGAAAAAGAAGACUGACUGAAGGUUUGGUUUUUCUCUGCUCAUUCUUUUAUUAAGACGUGUGGUAACGUGUAUCUUUUGAUAUUUGAAUUUUCCUUCAAACGCUGAUAUAAAAAAAAAAUUAAAAAAGAGUCCUUAUUUGAUUUUCGUUUUAAACACAAAAAAACAAAAUUGAAAUACGAGGCAUUUUAUUUUUUUGUGGGUCUUAAGGGAGUCCUCGAAAUUUAAAAAUUACUUAGAUUUUCUUUCUCUACUUAGCGUAACAAAAUACAAAAUCACGAAGAGGCAGAAAUGGACCGUUUUCUCGUGUACACAGACCGGAUGUUGUCAUUGUUUUCUUCUUCUUUUAUUUAAUGGAGACCUGCUGCCUGCUACCGGCUGUAGGAUUUUCGCCACCUACUGUUCUUUAUUUAUAAUCAUCUGGGCGAUCGGUAGAAUCCAGCGGCCAGGAAGAAGAAGAAGAAGGUAGCCUGGUUCCUGUCAGAGCGGUGUGCCCAUCCACUUUACUUUCUUUUUUCUUUAAACUGUAAAUGCUAUUUUUUUGCACAUUGUUCCUUACACUUGAAUCACAUGCACACUUCUGCACUUUACCCUUUUCUUUUUCUCCUGUUUGUGCUUGUGAGCUGCCUAACAAGUGAAUUUCUCUGCUGUGGGAUCAAUUAAGUGCUAUCUUAUCUUAUCUUAUCUUAUCUUAUCUUAUCUUAUCUUAUCUUAUCUUAUCUUAUGUCAGUUACACUCUGUUGGGCAGGUUCACUUUCUCUGUCUGUGGCUUGUUGGCCCUUCUUGUCACCUAUGUUUGAUGUCUUUUAAUGAGCUUUAAUUUGUUUUGAACUCUUUAUUAUGUGUGUAAAAGUCCAAAUAAACUCUGUUGUGUUACAUCUUUUGAUAUUUCUUUACUGGGAAGGCCACAGGUGACACACACCUUUGAAAGAAAUUCACUGUGGCCUGUUUGAAGUAGGGAACCUUUGGUAAACUUCAUAUUGCAACAUGGUUAUAAUGACCAUGUUGGAAGACAAUUGACAGCAGAUUCACUGUUUGACUUUGUUUGCUUUUGAACACACCUUAUAUGACAUAUAUAGUUUGCAUUAUCCAGAUUCAGACUGACCCACUGCAUCAUUGGUAUUUAUGGAAAAAAGCAGUUGUUCUGUUGGUUGUGUUGUUGUUCUGUAGUGCCUGAGAGCAAAGGGAAACCAAAGUCAGAUUCCUUGUGUGUCUGCAUAA